AUGCCAUCUUUACGUUAUUUCACCGUAUUUCUGUUGCCGACGUAUAUUGCGCAAGUAACGGCACCAAAAAAAGGCCAUUUGCCAAUGCGAGGAGGGUUAAGAAAGGACGGUGAAAUAAUGACCGUGGCCAAUAACACUGUAACAGACAAAAGACG